CCGCCCAGCGCAGCGCCAGCAAACCAUCUUGCCAGGCACAGACAAAGACAGUCGUGUGGGUGUCGACUGGACGUUGAUGUGCGCCGUGCGAGAUCACAACAGAACAGCCCGACACCGACUCUAUCGUCGCCUUCCAUUUUGAUCGGAGAGCAUGGAGCAGCUCCCCGACGACGUGCUGCUGGAGGUCAUGCGGCACCUGGACGUGCCGGACUUGUUCGCCUGCCGCCUCGUGAGCAAGAGACUCGGGAGCCUAGCCCUCCAUGCUGACGUGUGGCGGCACCGACGCUUUGGCAGCGACUACAAGCACUUCGGCUGGCAGUGCACCGUGCUGCGCCUGGCACCGUGCUUGGACGCCCUGAGCGUCUACGCCCAGGUGCCGACGGCGGAGACGGGGUGUCUGCAGGCCACGACCACGACGAGGUGCGCCGUGGCGAGGCUGGAACUGUCCGUGUUCGAGGGCGGCGCCAUGCUCGCGGCCGCGAUCAUACGUCAUCAAGAGGCGCUCGGCCGGCUGAGGCGCCUGAGAAUCUAUUUCUAUGAAGUCUCUCAAGCCGAAGGCGUCGCCCUCUUGGCGACGGUGGUGCAGACGUCGGGCCUGACGAAGCUUGAUUUAGAAGAACAACCAUCCUGCCGCUCGCUCGUGGAAAGCAUGCUUCGACACACCGCCGUACCUGUUGUGUCGUCCCUGAGGUCUUUUCGUUGUAGCAGUUUUUCCACGUUUACGGAGCAUUUUGUGCACUUUAUGCUCCGCGUGCACGCCGCUACUCUGGAGGAAGUUUUUCUCGACGGCCGGCUGCUUUCGACCUCAACGCUGACCGCGCCACUGCUGUCCGGGAUGCCUAAUCUUCGCCAACUCAAGUGCACCCUCGUGCCAGAGCUGAACGCCUUGGCUGCGUGCGAGUCGCUGAGGGUCGUGAGCUUCACAGUCCGAGACGAAAUGCGGUCUGCCGCCGCGGGGCGCUCGGCCCUCGCCCUCCUCAGCCAUUCCACCCAGCUGCAGGAGGUCGAGUUGUCCUUCCUUCAUUUCACUCGCAGCCCCGAACCUGACGUUCUACGCUUCUUCGGGGACUUCAUUUCGGCGCUGGCCUCAUCAGGACGGUCGCACUUGAGGUCGCUGUCGAUCCGGGCCAGCGGCAUCUCUUGCGACAGGAAAGAGCUGCAGCCGCUGUGGGACGCGUUGCUCGCCGCGCUGCCGUCGCUGCCGGCGCUGCGGCGCUUGGCUGUCGACGCCCCGUCGGACGCGCUCCUGCUGGGCAUCACCCCCGUCAUUGCCCCGGCCCUACAGAGGCUGCUGCUGGGUCCGUGGCCUCUCCGGAGAAGGGAAUACCUUCGGUGCGCACACGCCUGGCUGCAUAUGGACGCGGUCAACCACCUCCACGCUGUGAACCCCUCGCUGCAGUUGCUUGCCCGUGCCAAGCUCGACUACUACUGUCGUGGAUUGUCGCCCUGUGGUGUGUGUCAACUAGGCUGCCACCUGUCGCUGAGGGACAGCAAUUCCAUCGAAAAGUAUUUCAUUUUUGAUUUACUUUGGGUCAUUAUUCCGCGGAACAACCCAUGCAUGUAACUGCUGUAUUGUUACGUUACCAAGAUUUUUGUUUUUGUUCGAAUUUGUAUAGUUUCUUGACGAUGAAUUUAAAUAAAUUUUCUGUUUGAAGAUGCUUGAACAAGCACUGACCUA